UGGGGUGUGCCUGCUCCAGCGCAUUGAUUUGGCUCGGGGUGCACUUCUGAAACUAAUCUCCUGACUUUCCCCACUUUACUGCACUUUGGAUUGUGUCCCAAGCUCAGGCUUGGGAGAGCACCGAGUGGAUUCCUUUCAGAUGAAACCAAAUUGAACGUGCUCCAGGAACGCACCUCACACUCCCCAGGCACUGAUGGGCGUUCAGGCUACAGCAUCGGCUCGCGUAGAGUGAAAACCCCUUGUAAAUGUAUAGUACAUGCAUGGGGUCACUGGAUGUGAGCGUCUGCUCCCGCUGUGCUUGUGCGCAGCCACCAGAGUCCAAACCUCCUCUAGUUUCCCCUUCCAUAACAUCUCUCCCUUGUCGCUCAUGGACUGGAGUUUGCCUUUUGAAACCCCCUCACCAGGCAGCAGCAGGACAGUCCCUGGUGUGCCUCCAGUCCCCGCACACCUCGCUGCCUUUCACUUCCUCAAGCCGCAAGAGCAAGCCAUGUGCUUGAUGGGCUGCUCUGCCGUCCCACCCCUAUUAGGGGUCCUUGAGCUGCAGGAACAGAAUCAUCUGGCGAAAUAUCAAUCCGCCCUCCCGAGAGGGGCUUAAAACACGCAGAGAUGUGGUGCUGGGCCCCACGGUUUAGCGCCAGACUUGGUAGAGUUAGAGAAUGGUUGGACUCGAUGAUCUUAAAGGUCAUUUCCGACCCGCACGGUUCCAUGAUUCGGUGAAAAAGUCGAACGCUCCCCCCACGACCUCUCCGGGUCCAAGUGACUCCAGGAGCCGCUAGAUGGCAACUGUUGCUCGUGGAUCCCGCAGCAGCGGGACGCGGUUUCACCAGCAGCAUGGGCUAGUUCCUGAAGCCUGGGCUGGUUUGAUGAAUGAAGGGCUGCCCCCGGCUGCCAUCCUCCCCUCGGCUCCUCCCUGCUGCCUCCAGCCCUCAGGUGCCGUGAGUUUGCUGGGGAUAAGGCGCUGCAGGCUGCUGGGCUGGCAGCGGUUCAUCGCGGCUGAGAUCCUGCAGGCUCCUCGGCCGCAAGACCCUCCGAGGGACUUUGUUUUCCAAGGAAAAACUCAUCCCCAUGCCAUGAAAUGGUGCCUGCAGAUGACAGCCCAGAGCCCUAAACCUGUUGGGCUGCUGCAGGCAGAGGCUGACCUGCUGAAAAGUCUGCCAAGACAAGGAGUAGAUGGGCUGAGAAAACAGCCCCUGACUGAAGAGGACAGAAAACGGCAUAGCCACUACGCCGAGGUCACAUCUGGGUCCCAGCUGCAGUGGAGGUGGCAACUCACCGCUGGACCAUGGUACUGUGAGGUGGAGCUCCCCACUGCUGAGUGCCAGGAUGCCCCUUGCUGUGCUUUUCCUCUGCUUCCUCCUCCAGCAGCCAGGCAACGUUAAGGCAUGGAAGCAGCAUGCCCCUCGCCUUCGUCUUGCCUACAAAGAUCUGCUGAAAUCCAACAGCUCUCACCUGUUGCUUGCCUCAGGGGACAGGAUGGAUUUCCAAGCUGUCUUGGUAGAUGAAGACAGGGCCUGGCUGAUGGUGGGAGCAAAAAACCAUGUCUUCCUGCUCCAUUUGGACCAUCCCAGCAGAGAGCCUGAGAAGAUUUUCUGGCCAGCCUCCAGGGAGCAGGUGGAGCACUGCCAGCUGGCAGGGAAGAAUGUGGAGACAGAGUGUGCCAACUUCAUUCGCCUCCUCCAGCCCUUCAACCGGAGCCAUGUGUUCGCCUGUGGGACUGGCUCCUACCAGCCUGUCUGUGCCUUCAUCCAGCUGGGAGCUAGGAGCAAGCAGGGUCCCGGGGCUCCCUCCAUGCAGUUGGUGACACACUCCUUGGAAUCAGGACGAGGACGGUGCCCAUACAGCCCCCACGAACCCUUCACAGGACUCCUUGUUGGUGGGGAGCUCUAUUCGGGCACCUCCAGUGACUUCAUGGGCAGCAGUGCUGCCUUCUUCCGGACCUGGGUCCAUGGGGCUGAGCAGAGCUACAUCCGGACGGAGCAGAACCAGGACCACUGGCUACAUGAGCCUGCAUUCGUUGGUGCCUACACCAUCCCUGAUACCUACAAUCCACACGAUGACAAAGUCUACAUCUUCUUUCGUGAGACGGCCAUGGAAGCUGGGCAGUGGGAGAAGCGGCACAUCCAUGCCAGGGUGGCCCGAGUCUGCAAGAACGAUGUUGGAGGGAAGCACAGCCUCAUCAAUCGCUGGAGCACGUUUCUCAAGGCCCGCCUGGUGUGCUCCAUCCCUGGCCCCCAGGGCACCGAGACUCACUUCGACCAGCUCGAGGAUGUUUUCCUCCUGCGCACCCGGGACCCCCAGAAUCCCCUCGUCUUUGGUCUCUUCACGGUAUCCAGCGGUGUCUUCAGCGGCUCCGCGGUCUGCAUCUACUCCAUGGCUGCCGUCAGAGCUGCCUUCAGCGGCCCUUUUGCACACAAGGAAGGGUUCGACUACCGCUGGGUGGAAUAUAAGGGCCGCGUCCCCUAUCCCCGCCCCGGCACGUGCCCCAGUGAGACCUACGACCCGCUGCUGCAGUCCACCAAAGACUUCCCCGACGAGCUGAUCAGCUUCAUGCGCACCCACCAGCUGAUGUGGGAGCCUGUGUACCCGCUGGGCCGCCAGCCCGUCCUGCUGAGAGCCAACGUGCCUUACCGGCUGCGGCGGCUGCUGGUGCACCGGCUGGAGGUGGAGAGCCGGCACUACGACGUCCUGUUCCUCGGCACAGAUGAAGGUAAAGUCCUGAAGGUGGGGCUGGCCAGUGGGGUGAGCCGUGGCAUCGAGGUGAUCAGCCUGGAGGAGAUGAGCGUCGCCAAGGUGCCUUCUCCAAUCCUGGACAUGAAGUUAUCACUGAAGCGGCAGGAGCUGUUUGUGAGCAGCACCCACGGGCUGCUCCAGCUCUCCCUGUACCGCUGUGAGCUCUACGGUCAAACCUGCACUGACUGCUGCCUAGCCAGGGAUCCAUACUGCACCUGGGACAGCAAGACCUGCACACCUCACCUGCUCACUGACAAGAGACGUGCUCGCUGCCAGGAUGUACUGAAGUCUGAUGUGCUCAGUCAAUGCCAGGACACCACAGAGGGGACCACUGCCGUGGAGAAGCUGGUCUUUGGCAUGGAGAAGAACUCAACCUUCCUGGAGUGCCUGACGCGCUCCCCACAGACAACUGUCCGGUGGCUGGUGCGGCACAGCGAGGAGACAGGCCUGAGUGAGGUCAGGAACAAUGGCCACUUCUCAGUGCUGGAGCAAGGGCUGCUGAUCCGCCAGCUGGCGAGGGAGGAUGAGGGUACCUAUGAGUGCCAGGCAGUGGAACGUUCCUUCUCCCGACCCCUCACCCGAUACAGUCUCCGUGUCAUCAGGCAUGAGGCAAUGGAAGUGCCAUCUUACAGACGGAGCAAGGGAACUGAGCCAGGAGCAGCCCACCAGAGCCCUCGGCCCCGGGUGGACCUGCAUCCAGGCUACAAGGGCUUCCCACGGGUCCUGGGGGCACCAGGCACCAGCCUGGAUGUCUACUGCAAUGCCCUGCGGCUCCAGGAAAGGCAGCGGCAGAAAGCCUGGCACCAGAAGUGGCAGCACUCAUCCCCAGAGACCAAGAACAGCCGAGUGCGGAGGCAACCCCAGCCCCUGUGAGGGGGCAGAGGGAGCAGGGGCCCUACUCUUUCCGGGACCCUUCUCACACGUGGGCAUCAGCUCUGAGAGCCUCUCAGCUUCCCAUCUCGCUGUUACUACCUCAAACCCUGCCAGUCCUUGCUGCCUCGCCAUGCCCCAUAAUGCACACUGGGGCCAGGGCAGAGCCCAUGCUGGCUCUCCAAGACUCAAAGCUCUUUAGGCCAUGCAGAAUAUUUAUUCUCCUUGUUUUCCCCUGGUCCUCAGUGGCUAUUGUUAUCAGCAGCAAUAAUAAGCUCAGAGGAGAGAGAAGGGGAACAGCCAGCUCUCACAAAUGGUUCCAACACCCAGCAGCAUCCAACCCA